GUAUUCCGAGAUAGGCCGUACAUUCGCGACCUGCCCUACAACAGGCAGAACAACGGUCAGGGUGCGCCGCUGUGCGGGGACUUACUUGUGGCACCGUGGGUUUGUGUAGGUGUGAAAGCAUUCCACCCGAAAGAGCCUCUGAAACGAUGUGCCCUGUGGGGUGAAAUGGCUGUGGAAAAAAGCAGUGCACCAAUGGGAGGGCAAGAUUUUGCUUAGCCUGCUUGCUCGUACCUACGUUGUUCGGUGUAGUGAAUUAUGUCAAAUUAUUGUCGUUACUAGUAGGCCGAGUACAGAGUUCAUGUUUGUACGAAUCGCUUACAAGGGAAAGCGUACAAUUGCAAUGGAUAUAAUGCGGAUUACUUCAUGCUGGAUACAGUCACAAGGAUACGGAUAGCAAUCGAUGGGAUUUUCUAGUAAAAAAGCAGCAGUGAUUUUGGGCUGCUAGGCGACCGUGGAUUUACAGUUUGCGAAUAUUGAUUUAUGGAUGCCUCCGUGGAAAGAACACCACAAGGAUAUAUAGAAAAGGAUACAUGUACGUGCAAGGAAUGAGAGCACGACGUCUGUGUGGUGUGUUUGAUACUGCCAAGUGAAACGAUGCUAUGAAGAGAAAAGAAAAUCCAUACCAAGGCACACAAAAAAAGGUUAAAAUGUUAUUGAGCAUGUCAGAAGUGCAAGAGCUUCAGGUGGAAUGAGAGAUAGUGAAACCAGAGUGGUACGGUGGAGUCUUUCAGUGAUUAGUGAGAGUAAAUGAUAGAUUAAUUGCAGGAUGAGUGGUAAUCAAGCGUAAAUCAAUCGAAUUACUAUCUGAUGGGAUCGGUUCAAUUCACUUUCCGUCGGGAGUGAUUCCAAGAAGUUCAAAACAAAGAAAAAUACUACUCUGUUAGUGCGAUGUCCUUCGUCAGGUGACCAAUCAGUGCUUGUGUGGAGAGAAGAAAUCCUAGAAAAAUGAAAAUGUCACGAUUCACGAGUAGAUGUGAUAAUGAUGCAGUAGAGUGUUAAACGUGCGAGAUAGAGAGAAGAAAAAAGUAAUUCCAUAAAGAGAAGAACGGAUGAUUCUUCCAAGUGUAAAAAUGCCGUCAAUGAUCAAGUAGCGUGACCAGCAUAAACAUGUUGAUAUCACUGGUAUUAAUAAUUCCCCUAUUCACCCCGAUUAUAUCCGGCGGUGGAGGUGAUGAAAAUGAUUCCGUAAAGAAGACGACUUCGCGCGUUGUGCAUAUUAAAUACGGUUCGGUGUCUGGUACUAUCGAACAUUUGGAUGGGAGACAUCUGGACCCGGUGGAAGCGUUUCGGGGGAUUCCCUAUGCUUCGCCCCCGAUCGGUAACCUUCGGUUCAUGCCACCGGUUACAGGUGCCCUCUGGUCCGGUGUGAAAAAGGCAGAAAGGUUCAGUCCAGUCUGCCCACAACGUCUUCCAGACAUUGCCAACGAAACUGCGGCGCUGGAGCGAAUGCCUCGUGGUAGAUUAGAAUAUUUAAAACGACUCUUACCACACCUAAGAAAUCAAUCAGAAGAUUGCCUGUACUUGAAUAUCUACGUCCCAACCCAAGCUGGCUCACGAGAGAGUUCCGGCGCUCAAAAGUAUUCAGUAAUGGUGUUCGUCCAUGGUGAAUCGUACGAAUGGAACAGCGGAAACCCAUACGAUGGAUCCGUUCUUGCCAGCUUCGGGCAGAUUUUAGUAGUUACAAUCAAUUACCGAUUAGGAAUAUUAGGGUUUUUAAAUGCCAAUAUUGACCGGUUCUCGAAAGCGCCGGCCAACUACGGUCUGAUGGAUAUCAUCGCGGCACUCCAUUGGAUACAGGAGAACAUCGAAGGCUUCGGGGGUGACCCGCGGAGCGUGACACUGGCCGGCCACGGGACUGGUGCUGCGUGUGUUCAUUUUCUCAUAGCUUCGGCUGCCGUGCCAGAAGGACUCCUAUUUCAUCGGGCAAUCCUGAUGUCGGGAUCUGCUCUGGCCCCGUGGUCGCUCGUCGGUGAACCGGCCAAGUUCGCUGCGUAUGUUUCACAUCACGUAAAUUGCUCACCUGACCUACCUCAUCAGUUGCUGCUCAAGUGUUUGCGAGACAAGCCGCUCGGUGAUAUCAUGUCGACGCCGGUUCGAGUGCCGGACUUUGGAAACGCCUUCGGCCCCAGUGUCGACGGAGUAGUCAUCGACACUGGUGAAAUACAGCAAAUGGAUGGAUCGCAUUACAGUGAUUAUAGUGUGCCGUCGGCACCGAAACCGUCAGCCCAUCUUCACAACACGCUCAACACGAUAAACGCAAUUCUCUUGCGUAAAUUAGCUAUUAACAAAUUGUCCAAAUACGACAUGCUGGUUGGCGUUACUAGGGCGGAAGCCUAUUUUGUCUUUAACUCGGAAGACGUUCAGUACGGCAUCGAAGCCGACAGGAGAUCGAAAAUUUUGAAGAAUUAUGUCAAGAGUACCUAUAGCUAUCAUUUAAAUGAAAUAUUAGCAACGAUUGUAAAUGAGUACACUGACUGGGAGCGUCCUAUUCAGCAUCCUAUCAAUAUAAGGGAUGAAACACUGGAAGCAUUGAGCGACGCCCGUAUUGUGGCACCAGCGGUGCAAACGGUCGACCUGCACUCGGCUGACCAUCGGAACUCAUUCCUGUAUGUGUUCGAUUACCAAACAAAGUUUGGUGAUUUUCCACAGCGGCAAGGCUGCAUCCACGGGGAAGAUCUGCCGUAUCUAUUCGGAGCACCGCUGGUCGGGGGAUUCAACCACUUCACCAGGAACUACACGAAAGCCGAGAUAGCGCUGUCGGAAGCGGUCAUGAUCUACUGGUCCAACUUUAUCCGCACGGGGAAUCCAAACGAGCAACUCGAAAACGACCACGUUCGUGAUAGAACGCGAUUCAAAAACAUCGAAUGGACGCCAUACGAAAGCGUGCACAAAAAGUAUCUAAAUCUAGAUACCAAGCCGAAGCUGAAAAACCAUUACCGGGCGCAUCGGUUGUCGUUUUGGUUGAAUCUGGUGCCAGAUUUGCAUAAACCCGGUGGCGAUGAUGUGCCCAGUUCACACCACGAGCUCGAAGAUGACGAAGAUGAGAACGUCCCAGUGCCGACAGUAAAACCGCUAAAUCCUCCCCAGCGGGAUCCUUUGAAUGCCAAUUCCAAUUUUUCCUUUUUAACCACACAAGUGUUUUCGCUGUUGAAUUUUUCCACUUACGGGAUUAACAAUAGCACUAGCCGUCAGAACGUUCAUAAGCCGAUUCCGGUGACGGCAGAAUCCUCUGAAGGGACAGACGAAGAUAGUGGCAGCUCGUCGCAAGAGGACGGUUUCGCUGCCUACAGCACUGCCCUGAGCGUGACGAUAGCAAUCGGAUGUAGUUUACUGAUACUGAACGUGCUGAUUUUCGCUGGUGUUUACUACCAACGAGACAAAACAAGGUUAAACGAACCGAGAAACAGUAAGAAGCGAAACGAGAACGGUCAGAUGCCGAACAAUAUCUGUGGAGAGCUGGAGAGCCUCACCAUCCACACAAAGAGCGAUCCGUCAACUAUACUGGGCCAUCAUCAUGCCUUACAGCAUCACCAGAUGCCACCUCCGGAGUUUGCCGAUCUACCACAGCGGGCGCCACCGCCUCCCAAGCACAUAAAAUCAGUUCCAGACGGGACAAUUCUCUCGCAACAUGCGCUCCAGCUAAUUGGAAGCAAUUGUGGCACAUUGACGAAGAAGAGCUGCGUCAAGUCCAACCUUGCCACCUCUAAUCAAGCCCAGAGUGCGAUGGACGAACUGCGGGUGUGACGUUAAGUAUCCUUUGCCAUCGAGGAGCAAUCUCGAUGCGAGCACCAGCACCAGCACCACCAUCACCAUCACUACCACCAUCACCAUAACCACCAACAACAGCAGCAGCAUCAGCAUCAGCCCCCAAGUCCUGCUGCCGAACAACAGCAGCACGAACAACAGCUGUAGGGUCGAAUUUGAAACGAAUCGAAAGCGGCACCGCCAAGUAAGUAUCACCCAAGUGGAACGCCAAGAACCGUUAUCAAUUAAUUCAUAAUUGAUGGGCGUAUUUAGGUAUAAAUAAAUUAUAAAUAAAUAAAUGUGUAAAUAAUACAUAGGAAAGGUACUGCACAACAGACAACAAGAGUCUUCUCAACCCCAUUCACUCGUAUCCUGAAAAUGACUCUUCCCUUCAUUCAAGGAUUUUAUACACGCGGAACGAGAAGAGAUGUGAAUAAUAAAUUGCACUACCAGCAUGCCGAACACUAGUAGUAGGACUAAACUCAGAUCCGUUAAGUUCUGUUCUGUUCCCUCUUUUUGCUCCAUAUCGAAUCGUUGUUGCGAUAAUUUAUCACCAGACCAAGCGGGAGAAAAUGAAGGCGUUAAUAAUUAACCCGUACACCGAUAUCAGCAAGAACCAAUGUUUUACGACGGCGGCAAAUCUUACUGUUGUCCUCAUCUUUGCCACCAUUUUCCUGUCAGAAAUUUAAUUCACGAAUGAUGGAUACCGGAUUCUGGAAAGUGGAAUCAAUCAAUUUUAGUUUUCCACGAGUUUCAGUCGGUUCGAAUGUGGAAUUUAAAUUGAUUGAAUUAAUUAUGCAUUAAGGCCAUCAGCUGAUCGAUUUGUGCACAUCAACCACAAACCAACGCCGAGCAAUUACUGUGCCCGGUCGCAGAUUGUGCAAAUAGAAUGUGUUAAGUAGGGUUGCAAUUGAAAAUAAAAACAUCUGGUUAAAAUUGCGUUUGACACUCAAUGAUCUAUAGCCUGGUUAUGUGGGCAGGAUUUUGUUUAUGUUAGGUAUUAUCCUCUUCUCUCGAGGCAGCCAGAACAUGUUGGGGUGUGGUCUACAAAGCAAGUAUCAUUUUCGAGUCUUCAGUAAAAAGUUUGUACUUGGAAAGCUCCUUGCUAUAGUUGGUAUCACAGUCUAGGGCCCAUAAGUGAAGUGAA